AUGCUCAACAGUACGCAAGCAGCAGAGAUAGCCGAUACGAAUGACUGGAUUGAAUGGAUCGGUCUCAACACGGGCGGAGUGCCGGAAGAAGAGCUAGAGGACUUCGCAGAGGAAAGACGACGAUCCAGUGUUGACCCUGUACAGUGGUACCAUAUCGCUAGCGAGCACGACACGCCAUGGGAGAAGUUUAAAGCCUUGAUCGACACACUUGACGGGGUCGAGAACUCACUGGUUAGAUGGGACUAUAUCGGAAGCUAUAUGUACGUUGCGAAAAUGACAGCCACGCAAGCAAAAGAGAUUUCUGAAUCCCACGACUUCAUCAAGUGGAUUGGUAUCAACGACGGCGGGGUGCCGGAAGAAGAGCUAGAGAAUCUUGCAGAGCAAAGACGAGCUGUCGGUGUAGCGCAGACUGGAUCAAGGUCGCUAUCAAAUACACCAAAGCCGCUCAGAUUACCUGCAUCGACGAUCUUGCAUCCCGAAACUGCAUCUGGAGAUGACCACCAUAUUCUGACGAAGGACAUGAUCCUGCCGAAAAUAACUGAACAUCGCGGGAAUGAACUACCCGCAAAUAUCGAACUUAGCGAGGGCUCUUCUGCCACUUUGAAUCGGACUUUGUCGUCCAGUAGGGAGACGCCGAUCGCGACUGCAACAACCGAGCAAGAGUAUGCGAUACACAGCAAGAAUGAUACCCCUCCCGAUGUCUUCAAGAGUUUUAUCGACGAGCUCGACGGAGGGAAAGGACACCUAUAUAUAUGGGAGGCUCGUGGUGGGCAGCUGUACAUAACUUUGCUCAACGCUACACAAGCAAAGGAGCUGCCCGAGCAUCAUGACUUCAUCGAGUAUGUCUUUCGAAACACAAUCGCGGAGGCUUUUGAGGGUAACGAAGGACCUCAAGUGACGCAAUCUGUACAAGCCGGAAAUGAAGCUGGCCCAGAUGAACGCGCUGUCGCUCGUGCAGUCAACACUGUGGCCACGCCAAACCUGCUGGCAUUAGGCGACUUCGACUUUGAGCGGCAGAGAGACGAGAACUUCUUGAUCGGCGAGCAUGGAACGAUGUAA